AUGGUAUUAAGAAUACGCCUCGCGCGCUUCGGCAAGAAGCACGCACCCUUCUACAACAUUGUCGUCGCACACGCCCGCACAGCACGCAACUCGCGCCCCCUCGAAGUCUUAGGGACCUACGACCCCAAACCCCAACCGCCCCGCCCCGGCGACACAUACGGUCGACCCUGGAAAGACAUCAAGCUGGAUAUAGCGCGAGCGCGGUACUGGGUCGGUGUAGGCGCGCAGCCAAGCGACACGGCGUGGAGGAUACUGAGCAUGGUGGGCAUUCUGGAGCCGCAAUACCGAGUCGGACAGGUGCAAGGGCAGGUUGUUAAGGCGGAUUCGGCGUUUAAGAGUUUGGUGCCUGAGAAAGAAGGCUGA